AUAUGAUCUAAGCCCUAAGGUCAUACGCAUGUGAGUCAUUGAAUGUAAUUGAAAUUCAACAUUAAUGUAAUAGUGUCCGUUCUGAAUGUUCUGAAACUUUGUCAACAAUCAAAAUUCAAUCAGUGGAAUGAUAUGGAAGCACCAUCAGAUUAUAAUCAAGAUACACAAGAGCAGUCUUUACUUGGUUCUUCAAACCAACGUAUGGAACAGUUUGAAUCAGAUAGUGUAAGACAACAUAUUUGUCAAGAGGAGGUGGCUCUCGAAAAGCUGAAGUACAUUUUUCGUAGAUGUAAAACCUUGCUCGAAAAAUCCAAAGACCAUAGACUUGAUAGGGAAGCAAAUUUGAUGCUCUAUAAUGAGUUUAAGACACCAUUAUGUACUCCAAACCAGGUGCGGGCAUCUUCCUUAAACACCCUUAAAGAACAUCCAUUAAUGUGGGCAACAUAUAUUAGAGGUAAUAACGAUGACUCUUCAAGCAAGUACGAAACACUACCAAUGAAACAACCAGGAACACUUAAGCCUAGCUUAUCUAGGGUGACUAAAUAUCCAGAACAAAAAAAAAAGUUACGCUCUAAGAUGUUAGCGUCUAGCCGAAAGAUGUCAACUGAAAAGUUUAUGGACGAAUUUUAUCAAUUUAUGUUAACAAAAUUAUAGAAGAAAAAAUAAUUCCAUUAUCGGUGAAUCUCACACCAUUAGAAAUAAACAGAUAAAAUUAAUAAUCUUAUUUUAUGAUUACUAUUAUAUUAUAUUUUCAUUAAUCAACAAUCGUAAAA